GAGCGGAGUCUCAGCCUUAAGAAUGACAUCCUUUUUAAUCUCAUUCCUUCUUCUCAUCACCACUGCCGGUUGCAAUGUAAUUCAUACAGAAGAUCAAACCACAUUCUGUCCUGCUGGUUACUUCCCAUGUGGCAAUCUCAGUGUGUGUCUACCACAACCUCUUCAAUGCAAUGGGAUCAAAGAGUGUGAAAAUGGAGCAGAUGAAGGCGAUUGUGACGAUUUAAGUGGUUGGCCGCUGAUUAUGGACUGGUAUGUGACACAAAUUAUUCUUCAGGAUGAUGAACUGGAAAAUUGCUCACUUAGGAUGUAUCCAGGAAGGUGCUUAUGUCAAGGUUGGACAGUCAACUGUGAAGACGCAGGGCUUCUCACUGUGCCAUGGUUCUCCUCCAAUGUACUUGUAUUAAAGUUAAAUUAUAACAACAUCACAACUCUCACAGAUGAAAUGUUCAUCAGAUAUCGUGAACUGGAUGUCUUGAUGUUGCAAUUUAAUUCAAUUAGUUCCAUAUCCAGCAAAGCCUUUACAGGACUCUUCAAUCUGACAAAACUACUUCUGAGUCACAAUCAAAUCACUGUCCUGGAGCCUGGAAUGUUCCAAGACCUCCAUCAACUUGAGUGGCUGAUCUUGGACAAUAACAUGAUAAGAAGUGUCACUCUAAAGUCCUUUGUUGGCCUGAAAUCUCUUUUCUUCUUAUAUAUGACAAAUAAUUCUUUGGAUCAUAUUCCCAAAGUGUGUGCAGUGCUCCCAAACCUGAGUUGGUUGGACCUGGAAGGGAAUCACAUUGCCUCAAUCGACAAAACAACACUUCAGAUAUGCCGCAGUAUGACAGUCCUGAUUCUCCGCAACAAUGAAAUCAGACAUGUAAAUGAAGAUCUGUUCUCAGAACCAACAUGGAUAAUAGAUCUAGACCUGUCUUCAAAUCUGAUUAAAGAAUUGCCACCUUCAACUUUCAGAGGUCUUAAAUACCUGCAACAGAUGAAUUUAUCAAAUAAUCCUAUAAACUAUUUUCAUGUGGAUCAAUUUGAUGACCUUAUAUCUCUCAGGUCACUAGCAUUGGAUGGUAUCAACAUUUUGAAUAUUGAGACCCGAAUGUUCAUGAAACUGGAGAAGCUCUCAUACAUAUACUUCAAGAAGUUUGAAUAUUGCAAAUAUUCUCCACACGUCCGGAGCUGCAAACCAAACACAGAUGGAAUCUCUUCAUUUGAAAACCUGUUAGCCAGCACCAUUCUGCGAAUCUUUGUGUGGUUUGUGGCAUUCGUCAUUUGCUUUGGAAACCUCUUUGUUAUCUGCAUGAGGUCAUUCAUUAAAACAGAAAACAGAAUGCACACCCUUUCUAUCAAAUCGCUCUGCUGUGCUGAUUGUCUGAUGGGAGUCUAUCUCUUCCUCAUUGGUGCCUUUGAUGUUAAGUACCGUGGGGAAUAUAACAGACAUGCCCAACAAUGGAUGGAGAGCACAAAAUGUCAGCUCAUCGGCGCACUGGCCUUGCUUUCCACCGAAGUCUCUGUCAUGCUACUGACAUACAUGACUCUAGAGAAAUAUAUGUGCAUAGUCUUCCCAUUCAAUCAUUAUAGACCAGGCAAGCGGCAGACUUUAUCCACAUUGAUAUUCAUCUGGGUUACGGGAUUCAUUAUGGCAGUAAUUCCAUUGUGGAACACAUCCUUAUUUGGCAAUUACUAUGGAAAGAAUGGAGUGUGCUUCCCUCUUUAUUCUGAUCAAUUUGAGAGUCUUGGAGCAAGAGGAUAUUCUACAGGAAUAUUUCUGGGUUUGAACUUACUUGCUUUCAUCAUCAUAGUCUUCUCCUACACCAGCAUGUUUUAUUCAAUCCAUAAAACGGGAGCACAGUCAGCGGAGAGAAGCCUUUUUUCCAGAGAGGUGGCGAUUGCAAAACGCUUUUUCUUCAUUGUUUUCACUGAUUUCCUAUGCUGGAUCCCCAUAUUUCUAUUGAAAUUACUAUCUCUGCUCAGAGUAGAAAUACCAGGUAAUGUAACUUCCUGGGUUGUGAUCUUCAUCCUGCCAAUAAACAGUGCCCUGAAUCCAAUCCUCUACACAAUUACAACUGCAUCCUUUCAGGAAAAACUAAAGCAGUGUUUGCAGAGCCAAGAUUUUCUUGGGCCAACAAAGAGCCUCACAAGCAGCACACAAACGAGCAAUGUAUAGCAAUCAACCCUGACAGCAUCACUCAAGGGACUGAUACCAUCUUACUUCCCCAGAUGAGUGGUUUGUAACAAAGUCAAUCAUUACAACAUUGAAUGAGCAUUACCAUCACACCUCUCAACAAGAGCAAUCACUGUAAUAGUCACAUCUGACAACAUAAUUUGUGGGAGCUUUAUCACCACAUUUCAAUUAUCCCAUCAUGAACUGUGGGAGAUGUAUAUCAAGUCUGGACAAACAAUCACUAUUUCUGAUGACUAUUUCCCUAAUUGCACUUCUUCUCAAGAAUUAGUGUAACAUCUGUUGAAUGAGAUCUAUUAUCUUGCUGUCUAACAAGUUAUGAUGUACGUAGCACCAACGUUGUGUGCACUGAGCAAGUGACAUUUGUCAUUUCAUCCAUUGACACAGCCAGUAAAGAGGAGAGCCACCUACCAUUUAUUAGUUAGCACCCUUUCUCCAGCUCCAGAUAAUGACAUUGCUCAGUGUCCCUCAAAAAUCAUCAUACAUAAUUGUGCCACUGUUUUUCACCACCAAAUCAUACCAUGUUGACACAGAGACUGCAAAGAAGUCUUUGCUUUUGAAAGUGAAACUGACUAAAAUAAUCUUGAAUAUUAGCAAUCGAGGGAGAGCAUUCUUAAUGUGAUAAUUUCCAAAUUUAGCAAUUUCAUACUCAGUGUAAUACGUUGAUAUGUCACACACAUUGGCAUUGUCUACACAUUAACAUUGUGGAUGUGCCAUGUAUAUAAAUUUAAUAUUUUGGAAGAACUGAAUGGCUUUUGUACAGAUGUGAGUUUGCAUGUAGGUGUUAAAAUGUGCAUUUCCCUGAUGUUAUAUAAAUACCACUUCAACAGUAACAGUUUGUCCUGCUAUCGAGUGUGAGCUCCUAUGCUAAGUUAGCAUUUCAGCUCAGCCAUGUUGCAGCAGACAUAUUGAAGAAAUGGCAGUGAGAUGCAGAUGACUUGUAGAGCGUCCCAUGACUGAGGACAUUCCUCCUUAAAUGGUGAAUGUGAACAGGUUCUCACAUUGAGAAACUUACAAACCGUGCGGCAUUAACCACGAGUGAAUUUCUCCCUUCCAUUUGAUGUAUUGUGUAAUAUUGAGUCACAUUUGAAUUGUAUGCUAUUAGAUAAAAGUAGACUAUUUUUUACUUAAUGUGUGUUGUGUAUGUAGAACCUUUGACGUUUAUACUAGAUGGGAGUGAAUUGUUCCUUUUUUUCAAUUUACGAUCCAACUAUUCUUUGUGAUAUCACAUUAACAACUAUUGCAUGCACAUGCA